GUUCCUUGAAUCCUUCUUAUCUGCGGAAACUCAUGCUCUUUUAUCAAGUGACUACACAGAAUCUUCAAGCUACAUAAUCUGGAACUGCUAUUCGGCUGAGUUGAACGUUUGUGGGAUGCAUAUAUAUAAGAUAGCAACUUUGUUCUGCCUUGGGACGAAGCAACUUGCGUUAUCCCGAUGUCUGAAGUGGCACCCGCUGGUAAGAAACCAGCCUCAACUACUUCUAUCGAGAAGAUAGCAGAUGGUGGAUACGGCGAAGAAAACUUGAGCAUCGAUCUGGUCUCUGAAAGCGAAUUGAAGCGGAUUCAGAGAAAGAUAGAUUUGCGUAUCAUGCCAUGGAUAUGUUUAACAUACAUGUUUAUGCGGCUGAACGUCAACACCGUUGGGAACAUUGCAAUCAUCAAUGCCGAGCAAAAGCACGAUAUUAAAACACAGCUUCAUUUGUCCCCAUCCCAAUGGGCCUGGGUUAUUUCUUGCUUCUAUUAUACCUAUAUGGGCAUUGAGCCGUUUUCGACGUUGAUGAUGAAGAAGACCUCACCGAGUUUCUGGAUUUCACGUAUCAUGGUUAGUUGGGGCAUUGUGGCCUGCUGUGGGGCUGCCGUACAAAAUUACGCAGGGCUUAUCACGAUACGAACUUUGCUCGGUGCUGCAGAAGGCGGAUUCUUUCCCUGCAUUCUUUACUACCUAGCCUUUUGGUUUCGUCCCGAAGAGAUCACCCUUCGCAUUUGCUUUAUGCUGGCAUGCAGUACCUUCAGCGGAAUCAUUAGCGGAUUCAUUUCCUACGGCGUAGCAUUCGCGGACGGUCACGGACAUUUGGCAGGUUGGCGCUGGCUUUUCAUAAUUGAGGGCCUUCCUCCAAUAGUUCUUGGACUCUUGACUAUAUUCAUCCUUCCAGACUACCCGGACUCGAAGGCGACUGCAAAGUUCCUUACAGAACAAGAGAGACACAUCAUUAAAGAACGCUUGUAUGACGGAGCACCUGAAAAGACUAGCGCGACAUGGAAUACUCGUCAAGCGAUAGACGUCCUUUGGAAUCCAACCUUCUGGUCGUUCGCCGGAAUCUGGGUCGGCAAUGCAUUGGGAAACCCUACGCCUUCGUUUGUUUUGCCGACGGUCAUUUUUGAACUAGGGUUUACCAACAGUAACAUAAGCAACGUCCUGACAGUGCCCACCUCAGUUGCAAUAUUUCUCACUCUGGUGACUUGUGCUAUCAUGGUGAGGAAGGACAUAUGGAAUCCGUUUUGUGUCGCUUUCAUCCGUAAGGAUGUCCCGUUUGAUUUCAAGUUACUCAAUGUCGACAUACAUUUAGUGCAGAUCAUUAACUUGAUAUGUUGUGUCAUUCUAAUGACCGUCAAGCAACCUAUUGUUCGCUACAUUUUCAUUCUAAUCGCUCGAUCAGUAUCAAAUACUGUGGUUAACAUUCUUUGGCCAAGUCGAGUCGCAGCAUUAAAAGGUACCACCGCUGUUGGUCUCGGAAUCGCUCUGUCAAAUGUUCUUAGCAACAUCGACGGAUUAAUUGGACCGUUAAUCUUUUCCACUGUUUAUGGCCCGUCGUACCAUGUCUCGUACUCAAUCUGUGCUGGUAUAUUGACAGUUGGGAUCAUUUCUAUUGCUGUGACUGGGGCUCUUGUGGGACGGCCGGUCUUUCGACCGCUGCAAGCGUUCAACUCAAGGCAUAGUGCUACAUGAUAUAUCAGUGAGCAGACUACCUAGGUAUCGAUAAAUGCUUCGGUAAUGUGAAUAUUAAUCUGAAUGAAAUCGGAUUGCAAACGGUUG